AAUGUACUUCCGGUCGUUGUGACGUGGCUGACAGUGGAAAAUAUUUCAGCAGAGAAAUCGGGAGUCUGUCUGCUGCAGUGCUCCAGCUGUUCUAGACAGCAGUGCCUGGAUGGCAGGGUCAAACCGGAGUGAAAACUGUAGGAAUAUCAGCAGGGCUCCUCUCUACCUUACAGCACCCCACAUGUUUCUUCCAAGUGUUUUGCGGAGGUCUGGGCUGAUGAGCGCAGGACCUGAUAAGCCCGUUUGGGCAUUUGCUGUGCUGCUCCUUGUCGCUGCCCUACUGGCGUCAUCCUUUGGUGGGAAGAUGAUGGCUCAGACUGCUGUGGCCCAGGCAAAGACUGCACCUGCAGGACCAGGACCGUGGUGCAUUAAGGACCUUCUAGACCUCCAGUACCUGGAUGAGCUGCUCUCUGUAGAUAAUCUAGACGUUUGGUUCUGCUCCCUCUUGGGAUCGAUUGCCAUCGGACUCAGUGGUAUCUUUCCACUUUUAGUGAUACCCAUUGAAGCUGGAACAACUUUGAAAACUGAGGCUGGGUGUCAGAAGCUGAAGAAGCUGCUGAGUUUUGCCAUUGGUGGUCUCCUAGGAGACGUGUUUCUCCACCUCCUUCCUGAAGCCUGGGCUUACACUUCCAGUCCUGAUGGGUCCCACAGAUACUAUCGUAUGCAGGGUUUGUGGGUGAUAGGAGGUCUGCUGUCCUUUCUGAUCUUGGAGAAGAUGUUCCCUGAUGAAGACGGUGUCCCAGAGAGCAGAACUGCCUGCCAAAAAGCCAAAUCCUCUACAACAGAAAUGAGCAGCGAGGUCUCUGUGUCCCCCAAAACAAAUGGCAUCUGCUCAAACAACAACUCCGACUCCAAGCCAAAGACUGACAUCAGCCCUUACACAGAGCCAGAGAAAAUAAAGACAAGUGGUUAUCUAAACCUUCUUGCUAACUGCAUCGAUAACUUCACUCAUGGGCUUGCAGUGGCAGGAAGCUUCUUAGUAAGCCGAAAGGUUGGUUUCUUAACCACGUUUGCUAUUUUGCUUCAUGAGAUCCCUCAUGAGGUGGGCGAUUUUGCCAUUUUGCUGCGAGCAGGCUUCGACCGUUGGAAAGCCACCCGUAUGCAGCUCUCUACAGCAUUAGGGGGAGUCCUGGGGGCGUCUUUUGCUCUUUGCUCCCAAUCACAGCAUGGGGCAGAGAAUGCCACUGCCUGGAUUCUGCCCUUCACCUCAGGUGGCUUUAUCUACAUUGCCUUGGUCAAUGUGGUACCUGAUCUGCUAGAGGAGACCAACCCUAGGAACUCUUUAUUGCAGGUUCUGCUGCUGUUUUGUGGGAUAGCAGUCAUGGCUCUUCUCUCAGUCGUGAUGGACUAGCGAGCACUGCUUUUAUCAAGGGACGUUUAGAGUGCCACGGAGCAUGGGCUUAUGGACAAUUCACUCCACUGUUUCAGCUUUAAAUAAUUUAGACAUUUUUGUCACCCCAAAGACCAUGUGAGGAAAGACCAAUGAAAGAAACAGCCUUGACAAUCAGGUUUUUGAAUCUUUGUCCGUGCGUGUGAUUUUUUUUUUUUUUUUUUUUUUUUUUUUUUUUUUUUUUUUUUUAGCCUUAUCCUUCAAACACCUCAAACGGUCUGUGUCCAGAUUAAAUUUAGACUGAACUCCUGAUGCCUUAUAGGCUCCAGAUAAAACUGAAGGGAUACACAGGUUUAUUCAAAUGGUGCUCUGAAAUAACAGUAGUUGUUUUGGCUGAAAUACGCCAUCAAAUUUGCUCCUGUUUUUCAUUCUUGUUCAUAUUCAUGUUCUUGUCUGGUCUUAUUGACUUAUGCUCAGUAUGUUCUUUCCCGUUGUCAGUAUAGGUUACAUCACUGUGAUUUGCUUUAAUUGUAAGUCAUAGCAUACUGCAAAUGCAGUUUUACAACAGGUCAACACAUUCUUUAUUAAGAGACAGUAUACAGGCACAUACACUUACAUAAUCUGAUUUUUGAUUGUCAUCAUCAUUGCUUUUCUAUAAAGCUGCUUCGCUUUUAUAAAUGAUUCUGUGGAAGUCUAUACAAGCUCAUUUCACACUUCAUUUGCUUAAGUUAAGACAUACCACGCUUUGCAUGAAUACUUAUUCCUCUUGCACAUACAUCACCGAACACACUCAAACACAUUUGAAAAUACUCAACAGGCCUUAUUUUCUUUUAUUUUCUUACAGUAUUUAGUCUUGUUAUUGAUUGUGUCCUGAUAGCCACUACACUACUGCAUUUUACUGAUUUUCUGUACAGUUCAUUGUGGUCCUGGUGUUGCAAUUCAGAAUCUAGAGUGAUUUAGUCUAGAGGAUUGACGGAUUCAUAAGCAGACAGUUCUUUUACUCGACUGAAUUGGUGCCGUUUCAUACAUUUCGAUCAAAUUUUAAAGAAGAUGAUAAAAUAGUUGAUUAAUGGAUUGCCUGUUUUUCCAGUUUUGUACAUGGAAUGUUACUGAAACAAUGUUCUGAACACAUCACUUGGUAGGUCAGAACGGUCUUUGCCAAAAUGUAAAUAUUUGAAAAGAGAUUAUAUAUAUUUAUUCUAUUAACAUUCAUGUUGAAAGAAAAAUGUAUACAUUUUAAUACUUGAGUCCUCCCAUUGUAUAGUUGAAAUAAAGAAAUGUUACUGUUUGAUUUAAA